AUUUGAUAUAAAUGAUAGUUUUGAUAUAGAUAAUAGGUUUGAUAUAGAUAGUGAAGAUUCUGUAUUAAAUAUUUGUUGUGCUGACUUAAAUAAAUCCUCAAAUUUUUCUAAAGUUUCAUCUUCUAACAAUGGCUAUUUAUCAUCAAAAAUAUUAGCUAUAGAUUGA